CCCAGCUCCAGCACCAGGGGCUUCUACACCUUCGCCGCCACCGGAUACUCCCUCAAACUGCAAGACAUGUCCCGCGCCAUCAGCCCCAUCAUGUCCAUGGCGACAUCGGCCGUGCAUCCGGAUUUCCCCAAGACGCUAUUAUCCUUUUGGCUGCUAACGGAGCAGCAACUUGACAGUCUGGCGGAAUAUUAUCACCAGUCGAGCAUAUCAGAAUGGAGCAUGGCGUAUCCGAUGCCUGUUGUGCAAGAGUGGGUAGGCGCGCAGGAAGCCGCGAGGAGAGACGUUGGCGUCAUUGUGCAGGCCAGAUGAGCCGUGACAAUAAUGUGAACAACUCUGCCAAUAAAACGAAAACGAAUACAAGCCUGGACCGAAAAUACGUUAGCCACGAGGUUCUUCCCGAGCAGGCCAAAGCAUUAAUCUUAUAUAAAGAGCGCGAGGCCGCGCUUGGUCAGGCGAUUGGGCGCCUGAUGCAAGGUGGCAUCGAAGUCGAAGUGUCUGGGCAGAGGCUCGAGCCUGCUGCGACGGUAGCGGUUGAGUUUGUUUAUUCUGACCCGGGUCAGUCCGCAAUCGAGGGUACUGGUAACGGUGAUGGAAAUGGUAAUAUGAAUAGCGCACACACUGAAGAUAAUGAUGUGGAAGAGCAGGAAACGCCAGAAAUAGAUGUCGAGAUGCAGGAGGAAGCAGAGCAAGGACUCGACUACACUUCGACUUCUUCUCCAUUUGUACAGAGGCUCCUCGAGCAGGCUGGCUGCGAAUUUGACGCCGCAGAGGCAGAGCAUAGACGGGCCAAGCGUGCCAGAGAGUAUGGUAUUCCAGAUACUAUGCGAACUGGCUUUGAGGCGUACUCGCUGUGGAACAAGGACGUGAAAGAUGACGGGGUAAAGUAUUUCUUUGACACCACAGCUGAGCAAGGAGCAGUGGAAGAAUCGGCCAAGUCUUUCUAUGCGUCUGUGCGACAUUUCUGCAGAAGAAGAUCUGGUUUGGACGAUUUAUUGGUCUGAGAGGCUGUGAGAGUCUUGUUGAUGGGUCGUUUAAUGCGUCUUCUUCAGCCCAAUCCCGUGUGGCAGGAUCGGCGACUGAUACAGUAGUGUGUACAGGUAUCCCAAGUUUAAACACCUGGAGCCAGGUUACUCAGAUGACAGCGGAUAUCAUGGCUGCAAGCGAAAAACAAGGAAUCUCUGCCUCUGCCUUGGCGGAGUUGGGUGCUCUAGCCUCCACAGAGUCGAUUGACGUGUAUAUGUGUGAUGCUGACAGUAUCAGGGACAAGAGCUGCACUGAGACAGGUCAGUACCAGAACGCAGAGCAUAGUACGACAGGUCAAGCAAAAAACACGUCAGGAAGAAAGCGUAAGCACAGCACUAAUGAUGACAGUGAGCAUGGCGACGAAAUGCAUGAUCAAGCACAGAGUAAAAGCGCAAAGAAGGAC